CAUACCAAAAGUGAUCAGUAAAACGAAACUAUAUUCCGUUAUGGUAUGGAUUCAUGGCGGUGGAUUUGAACUUGGCUAUGGACAUCAGGACGAUGUUACAGAAUUUGCCAUGACAGGAAAUGUUAUUGUCGUUACUCUUAAUUAUAGAUUGGGUGUGUUUGGAUUUUUAGCUAUGGACCAUCCGGCCGCUAGAGGAAAUUUUGGUUUAUGGGAUCAAAAACUAGCAAUACAAUGGGUGCACGAUAAUAUUGAAGCUUUCGGUGGCAAUCCAGAUUCCGUAACGAUAUUCGGAGAAUCAGCAGGUGCAAUGAGUACAUCACUGCAGUCCCUGAUUUCUUCGAACAAAGGCUUGUUUCAGAGAGUUAUAUGUCAGAGUGGUGUUCAUAGCAAAAUUCUAAUGCGUAAACCGGAGGCUAUCAGGGAAUAUGCUACAGGUCUAGCAAAUAGAACUGGCUGUUCAAUUGAUGAUGAAUAUGCGUUUGUUGAUUGUCUGAGGAAUUUAUCAGUCCAAGAUCUAUUAAGUUAUACAGAUUUUUAUGCCACUGCUCAACUCGAUAAAGUAUACUACGCGUCGGACAAUUACCCAGUAGUAGACGGUGAACUGUUUCCAGAAAAUCCAAUACUUUCUCUGGAGGACCCUUCUUCUGCCGUAGCUACAUUCUUUCGUUCUCUGGACAUGAUUGCUGGAACAACUUCUAACGAAGGCUCGAUAUUAGUCAUCUAUUUAUUUCCACAAAUUCAGGAGCGAUUUAAUUUUUCACUGAAUGAAGGUAUACCACACAGAGUGGCUUGUGAAGAAGUUAUAGCCGAAUAUGUCAAAACAUAUCUGAAACAAAAUGAGGAAGUAAAACGUCAAUUGUGUGAUUUUUACUUUGUUGCAAACUCUCCAAAUGAACAGAGCCUUCUUGCUACACAUUUUUAUGCAGAUAUCAUGUUUGUUUACCCAACAAUAAAGAUGUUGGAAUUACAUUCUAUGUAUGGAGCGACGACAUAUUAUUAUCAAUUUUCCAUGCCAAGUCCAGAGCCGUGGGGUGGACCUUUCCCGUCUUGGUUCAAUGGUAGUGGUCAUGCAGACGAACUUAUUUACAUGUUCAGACCUGAAGCGCUCUCCUAA